CUUUAUCACUCUGUCCCUCUGUUUUAUGUUAAGCUGGAAACCCAAGUCAACCUCACCUCAUAAUUUGGUCUCGGUUCUUACAAGCUCCACCUCAUUUCCACUUUCGUUGCUCUAACUCCUAUUCAUUUUCCUAUAUAACCACUCUAUCAUUCAGUCCUUCAACGUGGGAACCAUGAAGGUGCAUCAGUUGGCACUUGGAUUCUGGGUACACGAGCCAUCUCUUACGCUUGGCUGCAAGCGCUUACGUCCGCUUGCUCCCAAGCUAGCAAACACAGAUACUACUAUCACUGCUUUCGAUCUCAAGACCUUCGUUCGACCAGAAAGUGGUCCUAGAAAACUUGGAUCUUCCGACGACAAGAGAAAUUCUCCUCAGCAGGUGGAAACGCACACUGGAGGAACACGGUGGAAUCCAACACAAGAACAAAUAGGAAUUUUAGAGAUGCUGUAUAAGGGAGGAAUGCGAACUCCGAAUGCACAACAAAUAGAACAUAUCACAGCACAGCUAGGCAAGUACGGGAAGAUAGAAGGAAAGAAUGUGUUCUACUGGUUUCAAAACCACAAAGCUCGAGAGAGACAAAAGCAGAAGCGCAAUAGUCUUGGUUUUAGCCAUUGUCCGAGAACCCCAGCUGCCAGUUUCAGCACUAUAUCUUUUGACUCUAGGCAGGGAAAUCAAGUAAUAGCAGAGAGUUAUGGAGAUAGUCCAUACAAAAGGAAAUGUAGGAGUUGGACAUUUGAAUGUUUGGAAGAGGAAGGAGAUAGAACUCUAGAGCUUUUCCCAUUGCACCCAGAAGGCAGAUAAAGGGGUACGAAGAAAAUUUCAUUGAACUUCGUUCCAUUUUGUGAUCUACUUUGAUGUGCUAGCUUUUUCUUUCUUUCUUUCUUUCUUUCUUUCUUUCUUCCUGAAAAAAAGAAAGAUCAGUUGUCUCUCUGUACUCUACUGAUGUAUUGUUCCUGACUUAAUUAGAACCAAAGCGGUUUGUCACUCUUUAUUCCAUCUCAUCGAGCUCACUCUGGUGGUGGGUGUGAAACAUGUGAUCCUAUUGACUACAGGAAAACUUGGUGAAAUGAAGCUUUUAGGUUAAAA